UUUUCCUCCCAGCAAGCUGUGCGACGCGCCGGGCCUCAUCCCUCUUUGUGCCAUCCGGGUCUCGUGCGAGCGAUUUAGUCUGUGGUGAAGCUUCGGACCGGCAGGUACUGUUGGAAGCGGCUGGUGGAGGUGCCGCCCUAGCGGCCGGGACUCUCAACUAUGGCGGCUAGUGAUACAGAACGAGAUGGACUAGCCCCAGAAAAGACAACCCCAGAUAGAGAUAAGAAAAAAGAGCAGUCAGAUGUAUCUGUUUCUCCUAGAGCCUCAAAACAUCAUUAUUCAAGAUCACGAUCAAGGUCAAGAGAAAGAAAACGAAAGUCAGAUAAUGAAGGAAGAAAACACAGGAGCCGGAGCAGAAGCAAAGAGGCAAGAAGACAUGAAUCCAAAGAUAAAUCCUCUAAGAAACACAAGUCUGAGGAAUAUAAUGACAAAGAACAUUCAUCUGAUAAAGGAAGAGAGCGACUGAAUUCAUCUGAAAAUGGUGAGGACAGACACAAACGCAAAGAAAGAAAAUCAUCAAGAGGCAGAAGUCACUCAAGAUCUAGGUCUCGAGAAAGACGCCAUCGUAGUAGAAGCAGGGAGCGGAAGAAAUCUCGAUCCAGGAGUAGGGAGCGGAAGAAGUCACGAUCUAGAAGCAGAGAGAGGAAGAAAUCACGAUCCAGAAGCAGGGAAAGAAAACGGAGGAUCAGAUCUCGCUCCCGCUCAAGAUCAAGACACAGGCAUAGGACUAGAAGCAGGAGUAGGACAAGGAGCAGAAGUCGAGAUAGAAAGAAGAGAAUUGAAAAACCAAGAAGAUUUAGCAGAAGUUUAAGCCGGACUCCUAGCCCACCUCCAUUCAGAGGCCGAAACACAGCAAUGGAUGCACAGGAAGCUUUAGCUAGGAGAUUGGAAAGAGCGAAGAAAUUACAAGAACAACGAGAGAAGGAAAUGGUUGAAAAACAAAAACAACAAGAAAUUGCUGCAGCAGCUGCUGCUACUGGAGGUUCUGUUCUGAAUGUUGCUGCCCUGUUGGCAUCAGGAACACAAGUAACACCUCAGAUAGCUAUGGCUGCUCAAAUGGCAGCCCUGCAAGCUAAAGCUUUGGCAGAGACCGGAAUAGCUGUACCUAGCUAUUAUAACCCAGCAGCUGUGAAUCCAAUGAAAUUUGCUGAGCAAGAGAAAAAACGAAAAAUGCUUUGGCAAGGCAAGAAAGAAGGGGACAAAUCCCAAUCUGCUGAAAUAUGGGAAAAAUUGAAUUUUGGAAACAAGGACCAAAACGUGAAGUUUAGGAAAUUAAUGGGUAUUAAGAGUGAAGAUGAAGCUGGAUGUAGCUCAGUCGAUGAAGACAGUUAUAAGACUUUGAAACAACAGGAAGAAGUAUUUAGAAAUCUAGAUGCUCAGUAUGAAAUGGCAAGAUCACAAACCCACACACAAAGAGGAAUGGGUUUGGGUUUCACAUCAUCAAUGCGAGGAAUGGAUACAGUUUGAACAAAAGAUCACACCAUGUAAAGUUUGGGAUUAUAGACUUCUUGUUCUGAUGUCAAGUCCUUGUUCACCAAACAGCUAGCAUUCUAGCUUGCAUGGGUGUUGCAUUGACUUUAAUUUAUUGAAAAAUACGAUUUUUUUGUAAAUAUCAGAUCAGUGAUACUGGUGUUAGUGUUGUAAUCAGGUUAAACCCACUUCCAUUAAACUUGACAGGACUAUAGAAGGACAAUAUUUUUUAGUUCAUAAAUUCUACUUUUCAAAUAUCUAACCAGCUGCAGGUGGGAUAAAAUCUCAUACAUGAAUUUUUUCGUGUCCACUGUCUUGUGUACUUUUGUACUUAACCUUGUACAGUUAUUUUCAUCUCUUGAAACAUGAAAGAAAUGUUAUGUAGAUGUUCUUUAGAAGAUCUGGCCAUUUGGUACAUUAUCCAGCACAAAUAAGCUGGGUGGUGGUGAUAAUAAAAAUGGUUUUCUCAAAA